AUAAUACCGACGUGAAACCUGUUUUGAAAUCUAUUUUUAGGCUUCGUUCUGGUACUAAAAUGUCUGUGUGGUUUGUAAACAAUGCUAGGGACGCAUUAUCUUAAACAACUUGCUGUUCAUAUUGUGUAAAAAUAGAGCGAGGAAAGUGAUCGUAGAGGUGUCAUGUGGGACGGGAGGGAAACAUCAUAUAAACGUUUAUAUAUAUUGGUAGUGACGUGCUUCUAUCAUCAAGGCAUCAACUCAACUAUAUGCACUGAUAAAGCUAAUUCGGACGGUUUCACUAACGUGUUGCCGAUGUGUAGGAAUGGAUCACUGACAUCUGGACGUGUGGUGGUAGAUACGUACGACACAGGAGUGUUAGACUACGACAGUUGUCGAUGUACAGUUAGUCUUAGUGGGACUAACACAGGUCCUGUCAACUUACAAACUGGACCUUAUUCUCGAACAGCACCGGCGUCUGAUUGUGGAAGCAUCCUUAGAUUUAACAGACAUCCGACUAAUACUUAUACUGAAUAUCAAUGCACACGGAUUACUGGUGAUAUCAUCAGUGAUUUUGCCAGCAGUGAACUGUUAAAUAUAACUUUAUCCAAAGUCAAUAACAACAUACAGUGGCAAUCUGGGUACUGUAUACUUAUUAGAACAGGUGUAAAUAUAACGGUUACGUGUGAUGACGCGGGCGAAUUGGGGGCUUCUUCUGCUUCGACCCCUACAACGAAAACGACCCCUGCAACGACGACGAUAACGACCCCUAGCUCCAGUUCAGUGCAGACCGUUACAAACAUUACAGACAAUGGUGGUGAUGUAAAUGGCGGAUACAACUACGUAAAGGAUAAGUCAAUAGGAAUUGGGGUCAUUGCCGGAGCUGCUGGUGGCGGUGCUGUUUUAGUCAUCAUCUUUAUCAUUGUGAUAGUAGUUAUAAUAAUAAGGAAAAAAGGUGCAGAUGUGAAGAGGACAGAGGGUAAUUUUGCCGUUGACAUCCAACCUUACGCUGUCACAACACCCAAAUUCUAUCACAAUGAAGGUGUGGACACAAUAACUCACAACUCCCUCUACGAAUCGGCCGGACCUCGAGAUCCGGAUACCAACCAUAUCGUCACGGAGACCGGUGACGUAUACGCACAGGUUCAGAAACCAAACAAGCAUACACAUUCUGAGACGGAACAGUCGAACCAUACAGAACAUUCACAGACAACUCCCUCUGGUGACGUCUAUGCCGUAGUUAAUAAACCAAACAAGCAUACACAUUCUGAGACGGAACAUUCGAACCAUACAGAACAUUCACAGACAACUCCCUCUGGUGACGUCUAUGCCGUAGUUAAUAAACCAAAGAAAGGGGCAAAUAAUACAAAAGACGAAUUGCAUAACGAUGACAAUAAACGCCCCUCUCGAUAUAAAAACCAGGAAGGUUUAAUGUACGCCGAGGUGGAUGAUACAACGUCACGACCACGGUCACGUCCCCCUGUCAGACCAAAGCCUACAUCUAACGCUGACAGAGUCAUUUACUCUGAGGUUGACACUGGUGUGUAAGUGUUAACCGGAUCGAAAAUCAUUAAUAUCAUGUUGCUGAAUAGUCGAAUAUAAUUAGAAUGACAAGGUUAAGAAGAACUAUGAACUUUACACAUACUAUCAUCCAAACACUUUAUAAUGAUUCAUGUGGUAUCUGAACUCUAAGUCUAAAGUCUUUAUACAAGUCCAAGUGGUAACUUUACUCAGUCUAAACUCUUUAUAAUAGUCCGUGUUGCACUUUUACACUCUGGGUCUAAACACUUUAUAAUAAUUCGUGUGAUAACUUUACUUUGAGUCUAAACACUUCAUAAUAAUAGUCCGUGUUGUAACUUUACUUCGAGUCUAAACACUCUGUUAUAAUUCGUGUGAUAACUUUACUCAGAGUCUAAACACUUCAUAAUAGUCUGUGAUGUAACUUUACUUCGAGUCUAAACACUUUAUUAUAAUUCGUUUGAUAACUUUACUCCGAGUCUAAACACGUUAUUAUAAUUCGUGUGGUAACUUUACUCUGGGUAUCUUUUAAACACUAUAUAAAAGUCCGUGUUGUAACUUUACACUCUGAGUCUAAACACUUUAUUAUGAUUCGCGUGGUAACUUUACUCUGGGUAUCUUUUAAACACUAUAUAAAAGUCUAUGUUGUAACUUUACACUCUGAGUCUAAACACUUUGUAACAGUUUGUUUGGUAUCCUUAUUCUGAUUCUCAACACUUGAUAACAGUUACAUGUAAUAAGGUAACUUUACUCAGAUUAUCGUCUAAACACUUUAUAACAGUGUUUGUGGUAUUAACAAUUUAGUACAAUUAGCUGAAUUUUCGUAUAUAGGUAGAGAUCACUAAAGUAAAACCAUAUGAUCAUUUAUAUGAAUAUUUGUAAAUUUUCUACGUUCGUCAUUAAUGAUAUAAAUCUCGGACACUAUUUGGUCACCAGUCAUAAACUGGCGUUGUACUGUUAAUGUUGUAAGAUUCUCGUAAUAAUAAAGCAGGGUACUAGAUGUGAUCAUUGACUGAUAGUUCACAGAGGGCACUCAUGGGAACAGGAAACGAGGAAUAAUACAGACACGUGAUUGGGUUUUUUAAUGAUUGCCAUUUUAGCUAUCUGGCAUGUGAGGCGUGUACCGAGGUCAUGGCCUCACCUCGCCUUUUCAUAACAGAGCAGGUUUGUAUCAAAUCCCGUCAGUGAUGAACAGACAUAUUUCUAUCUUGUUGAUAUUUGACCAGAUAUAUUUAUAUAAAGCUUAUAGCUAGGGAUAUAAAAACAAUUACUUUACUUUUGUAGCUUAGAAGUAUAAUUGUUUCCUUUUGAAUUUAUUUGCAUAUGUAUAUAUAUAUUAACGAAAUAUAUCAUAAACAAAUAACAGAUACCACAAAUCAGCUUCUGACUUUGAUUGGAGUAUUUAUUUGACUUAAUCAGUAAAAUGUUCUAUUAUCUCCCCUUGACCAAACCUAAUUUGAACAAUCAAAAUGACAGGUAUACUCGACAAAUUUAGUGUUUUCUCCAGCUAGAGUUUGCACCCUGAAAGUUAUUUUGUAUUGUCUUACUUAAUCAAUAUUUUAAAUGUGCGGUUUGUAUUGUACGGUUGAGAGGAAAUAAUGUCCGUGUAUGUUUCUUUGUACUUACGUGUGUCUGAACAUUCUUAUUAAUUGUAUUAGGUAUUUUGUGAUUAUGCGAAUGUGUGUUCGUGCUGUAUGUGAUGUAUGUGUAUUUUUGUGAGUAGUGUUUGUGAUCAUGGGGAGAGUAAACGCGAGUUCGUUUUGUUUGUGUUGUAAGUGGAGCUGAUGUUUUAUCAAUGAAAAGUAAUAAAAGAUAACAUUAUCAAACUAAGAUUAUAAUGUGAGCUUGUAUUUUUACGUGACAUUUUCCAUGAAACUGUAGCACUGAAAAACAAUCUCACUAUAUGAACAGUAAUUAUAUUUACCAUGGUUAAGUAUCGUGGAAUAAGUUGCCUUUAAAUAAUUGUGUAACUAUGUACUGACCAGGAUGAUUGUUAAAAAUAGCCAUUGUCCAGUCCUCCUAUGCUAUGGAAAAGGAAAUAACGUUUUUCUCUUUUAUUAGUAUCAAUAAGCUUUUUGUGCUGAUAUCAAAUAUAUUGACAUUGUUUUAUAAACGUACUCUUGCCAAACUAAAGCUUUACCAUUUUGUGUAUAUAUCGUUUAAUGUCUGAUUAUUUACUGUUUUUACAGGAAUAAAUAUAAUUUGAAGCAUUAUAGUCUGAUGUUUAUUGUUAAACUAUAACAGUUUGCCCUUGUUUUUCAACCCUUUAGUUAUUCAAGGAGAGGGGACCAUCUAUCAAAGAGCGAAAAUGGUUUAAAAGGUUUAAAGAGCGGGAUUUUGCUUGGGAAAUAAUAUUACUGUCUUACGCGCAGCAGACAUAACAUACGAGCGUUUAAACGUUCAAAAUACAAUACACUGAAAAGCUAUUGAUGAAAUGGCAUGUACCUUAGUUAUUACAUGUCUUAUGAACAUAUAACUGGAAAAUCUAUCAAAUUUCUCAACAAUGUAUUUGUCGAUUUUUGUCAACACUUUUGUAGCAGUUGAGAUUAUAUAGCCGUUUCUCACUUUCGAUGUCAUUUUCAUAUUCCCCUUUGUUGUUACUGUACUAGGUUUGUUCAGAUUAAUUUUCAAUAUAUAUAAAUAAAGACGAAACUCAAAAUUUUAAA